AUGAGUGACCAGUGGUCACCCAACAGCAGGGAGGUUCCGGUGUUGAAGAUCGGUGAUCAAGAGGCGCAACUCUAUCAAGCUGCCUUCUCCACCUUUGGUGGUUCCAUGGGCGUGCGCCCCUUGCGCGACGAUGAAGAAAGCUGGUAUGACCAGAUUAAGGGCAACCUCAUGUUUCCGGUUGAAGGUGCCUUUGCUUCGCCGCCAACCGCUACUGAAGGCUUGUCGCGUACAGCUAAGGCAAAAACUGGUGCAGGUGGCUCGAAAAGCUCUGGGAGCGCGGGUUCUCGUAACCCUGAUGCUGGCGCGACCCCUGAAGAUGAUGAGGCGGAAGAAGAAGAUGCGGCUGCCCAACUGAUUGGCAGGAAGAGAGGUAGGAGCGAAACCACGGUUGGAGUGGCUUCCGCGCCUACUGCUGUUGUGCUUCCCGUGGUUGGGAAAACGAGCAACUUGCGCUCGUUGUAUAAAUUUUCUCCGGAGAUCAAGAAGAAGACCCCUGAGAAGGGUGUCACUUUCAGUGAGGCUGCGUCGAAGAGGCCGAAGAUUACUAUCAAGUCCUCUGAUACUGCUGCUCAGGACGCCGCGAAGGCUGCUGAGGCGCAGCGAAAGGCGGAGGAGAAUAAGAGGAGAGAAGAAGCAAAGAAGAAAAAGAUUGAGGAGGAGAAGAGGAGGAGGGAUGAAGAAGAGAGAAAGAGGGAGGAGGAGGAGAGAAAAAGGAAGGAGGAGGAGGAGAGGAAAAGGAAGGCGGAGGAGGAGAGGGUGGCCGAAGCGGCGAAGAAGAGGGCCCUGGAGGAGUUAGAAAAGAAGAAGGCUAUGGAGCAGCCUGUUAAUGUUCAAGGGCCUGAGGUUACAAACCCUACCCACUCCGCGCAUGUCAUUACUUCUAAGGGUGCGGGUCGAUAUGCUUCAAGCAGCGCGAGCUCUGGUGGUGCAGGGGGUUUUAACCCGAACGUGAUCGGGGCGAAGGAUACCGUCGGCGAUAUCUACUAUAAAACUUAUAAUGAAGAAGAACGCGGCGAUGCUCCUCACCAAGCCCCUUGGAGCUUAAAGCAAAAAAGAUACAUUUCAUGA